AUGUCUACCAAAGAACAGGCAAACAGCGGGGAUGAUGCUUGGAUUCGCGUCAAAAGCGGAUCGUUCACUUUCCUUGUCAAGAAGAAGGUCCUCCUUCGGAGUGGCACCUUGAAGGAUAUGCUUGGUGGUGACUUCCAAGAAAUGAACGAAAGAACUGUGGACCUCUCGGCGAGCGCCCGGCCAAUUGUCGCAGAAAAGGUGAUCGAGUAUCUGGCAUAUAAGACUACGUACGAAAAUGCAGGGCCCAAGGAUGAGAUUCCGGACUUCUACGAGCGUGUCAUGCCAGAACUGGCUUUGGAACUCCUCACAACUGCAGAUUACCUCGCAACCUGA